AGGAGGCCACUGUGUGCAGUAGUAUGGCAGCUUCCGUCCUGCAGGGUGUAUUCAAAGCUCUCUCGUGCCUCCCAUAAGCCAAAGGGAUCUCUGUCAAAUCCGACAAGUGGUAUUACGCGUGAACAACCCCACGAAAUUUGUUGAUAAUCCCAUAUCCAAGUGGUUUUUUAAUUAUUCCCGAGGGAUAAACAUAUCGAGGUAACAAUUAUCCUGGGAAUGUUGAGAGAUUCGCUGUUCCUACGAGCAUCCUGCCAAGAGGUGGGGAUCUGGAUAUCUAAAACGAGCCAAUACUGAGCGUCUCCAUGAGAUUUUCGAUCAGUAUGCCUCCCAGCAGAAGAAUGGGGAGCGGUUCAUGACCCCGGCUGACUUUGUGCGAACCUACCUUGGCCUUUACACAGAUGCCGACUACAAUCCUGACUCCGUCAACCUGUUGGCAGGCAUCGUUGACACCAGCAAAGAUGGACUCAUAUCCUUCGCUGAGUUUCAAGCAUUCGAGGGGCUUCUCUGUGUACCCGACGCCCUUUAUAAAACGGCCUUCCAGUUGUUUGAUACUAAUGGAAAUGGAAUGGUUGCAUUUGAUGAAUUCGCUGAGGUGAUGAAGAAAACUGAACUCCAUCAGAGAAUGCCGUUCAAUAUGGAGAGUAGUUUCAUUAAAUUAUAUUUUGGAAAAGAUAAAAAAAGACUAAUUAGUUACGCAGAGUUCAGUCAAUUCUUACACGAUUUUCACGAGGAGUACGCCACAGAGGCAUUCAAGAAAUUCGAUAAAAAUGGAGAUGGUUUCAUAUCUACAACAGACUUUCAAGACAUUAUGCUCAACAUCAAGAGCCAUCUACUCACUAAAGAAGUCAAGGAUAAUCUCAUGGCAGCGGUGGGUACCGCCGGCGGGAGAAAAGUCAGUUUUCCCUACUUCAUGGCAUUCAAUUCACUCCUCAAUAAUAUGGAGCUAAUCAAGAGAAUCUACCUGAAUGCAACGGGUGGCCAUCGCUAUCAAGAAGUUACCAAGGAGGAAUUUUUGCAUUCAGCUCAAAUGAUGUCACAGAUAACACCACUUGAAGUUGACAUUCUAUUCCACAUGUGCGAACUUCUUCAUCAAAGUGGGAAAAUUGUUUAUAAUGAUUUGGUGGCCAUCACCCCAGAACAGUAUUUUAAACACAUUACCAGGCGUCUAGCACUGCUGAAGGCCGUCUCGAGUCCUGACGAACGAGGAUUAGGAACGCAAAUCCUAGAGAGCGGGUAUCGUUUCGUCCUGGGAUCGAUUGGCGGUGCUGUUGGUGCGACAGCCGUUUACCCAAUAGAUCUGGUGAAAACGCGAAUGCAGAAUCAAAGAACAGGCUCAUUCAUUGGUGAACUUAUGUACAGAAAUAGCUUCGAUUGCUGCAAAAAGGUCAUCAGGCAUGAGGGAUUUUUUGGCCUCUACAGGGGUUUGGUGCCACAGCUGAUGGGAGUGGCACCAGAGAAAGCAAUCAAGUUGACGGUGAAUGAUUUUGUCAGGGAUAAAUUCGCUGAUAAAAAUGGAAAUCUACCUCUUUAUGGAGAAAUUGUUUCGGGUGCUUGUGCUGGAGGAUCUCAAGUGAUCUUCACCAAUCCCUUGGAAAUCGUGAAAAUCAGGCUCCAGGUAGCAGGUGAGAUCGCAGGAGGUUCCAAAGUUCGAGCUUGGACUGUUGUCCAAGAAUUGGGACUCUUUGGCCUCUACAAAGGGGCGAGAGCCUGUUUUCUCCGUGACGUACCAUUUAGUGCCAUUUACUUUCCCAUGUACGCUCAUACAAAAGCUAAACUGGCCGACGAAGGUGGAUAUAAUACCCCUUUGUCACUCCUGGCAGCUGGAGCAAUCGCUGGAGUGCCAGCUGCGGCUCUUGUCACACCGGCAGACGUUAUUAAAACUAGGUUACAGGUUGUGGCACGAGAAGGUCAGACCACCUACAACGGCCUUGUAGACUGUGCUAGGAAAAUAUGGAAGGAGGAAGGAGCUAGAGCAUUUUGGAAGGGAGCCACAGCUCGAGUGUUUAGAUCAUCACCACAGUUCGGAGUUACUUUGUUCACGUAUGAACUUCUGCAAAGGCUGUUCGUGGUUGAUUUCGGUGGGACACGACCAACGGGAUCAGAGCAGAAAGUGCCAUCAACAGGGGUUGCCGACGAGAUAAAAUCUACAAACCCCGACCACAUAGGUGGUUACGAGGUUGCCCUGCCCAUUCUCACUGGAAUUGAAACGAAAUUUGGUUUGUGUUUACCAAGGUUUCAAGCAGCGCCACGACCCCAGCAGAAGUAAUCAACGUCCAGGAUGACCAAGACCAAGCGAAUUAAUGUCGGGGGAAAAAAAUGAUCACUGGCUGCCAUACGUAUACACCAUGAAGGGGGGAAGGUAUAUAGUAGUGUUGGUAAACGUGCCACCAGCCGAGCAAAAAACAAAGUACCUCGAAAAAAAAAAAUAA